CUUGACAGUCCCCACAGUCGAAGAAAAGCUUCGGCUGACGGAUAAAACUAGGACCGUCGCAGAACACAAUUAAGAGAGCGAUCGAGAGAACAUAUAAUCGAUCGUGAAGCACGCACGUCUGGUGCACCAAGUGCGACUGUCUCUUAAGUUGUGGGACAUCGUCUGAAGAUCCGACGAAAGUUUUUCUGAACCAGAGGAGCGUCGAGGGUUUCCAGCCUGGCUGGCGUUGAGAGAUGGGUUUCUCAUUUUCUUUCGCCGGGGACGACAUAGAGGACGACCAUCAAGCCCUAUCUUCUCCACCACAGGCGGUAGGUAAGUCGACAGCAGGUGCUUUCCCCGUCCAAGGGAAGCCAUUGCUGCCGGCUACGCAUCACGAGUUGGAAGACAUCCUGUCGAAGCUGCCAUCUAAGAUCGCCUUCAACCUGCUCGAUGUCGAACUUGGCGACGGCCGCGCCAUCUCGCUACCACGCCGCGAGUUAUGGGAUGUGCGCGUGCAGCUGAUGGCUGAGGAGAACAUCGACAACUCUGCAGACUCCGAAGCCGGCCUUGGUGAGCACGACGUUAAGACGGGCAUCUAUGAAGGCGGCUUCAAGAGUUGGGAGAGUAGUGUCGACCUGGUCAAAGUCCUCGCAGCCGAGAAAGUGUCUGAUCUGUUGGUUGAUGAUCCGUGCAUUGUGAUCGAGCUUGGCUGCGGCACAGCAUUGCCUUCUCUCGUUGUCUUUCAUUGGGCCCUGGCCGAGAGAAAGUCCGAGCACAAGAAGGCCUUGGUGCUCACACUCGCAGACUACAACCCUACCGUACUCUAUCUUGUGACGCUGCCUAACUUGAUCCUCGCCUGGGCACUCCAGCAGCGAGGGCAAGACGCCGUCCUUGAUGAGGCAUUCGCAGUCGACGGAGAGCUCGAGUUGGCCCCCGAAGUGCUCGAAGCCUUCAGGCGGUCCCUCGACUCGAACUGUAUCACCCUCUCUUUUCUGUCUGGAGCUUGGUCGACCGACUUCGUCGAUUUACUUUACCGCUCAGGAAUUCCGACCAGCCUUCCGAAGACAACAAAGACAUUGGUGCUCGGGUCAGAGACCAUUUACUCUCCAUUCGCUCUCGAAAGCUUCAGCAGCAUACUGCUCUCAAUUUUGCAACGAGAGCGCCAGGAGCGUCCAAGUGGCAACGCCCGUGCUCUCGUUGCCGCGAAGCGGUUGUACUUUGGCGUUGGGGGUUCACUGGAUGAUUUUGUGAACAGGAUGAGAGGGCUUGGAGCUGCUAUCCGGGUUCUGUUUGAAGAGACCCAAGGCGUCCAUCGCGGCGUUGUCGAGUGCCUUCUCGCUUGAUCGCCGAGGAGAACAAGGAGGCGCGACUGAGUUCCCCGGCGUCCCACUACUGAAACAUCCAGCAGAAUUGUUAAGACAACGAAGACAGCACAGCAAUACCGGUCAGCCUGACGCUUUGGUGUGGCAGAUGCACUGCACUUGCAGAUGACU